AUCUCAUCAUCAUCCGAGAACAGAGCCAGAAGCAUCACGACUCGCGCGCUGUUACAUUGAGACUAAUGCAUGUAGAUAAUAUAACGACUGCAGAAAAUGCAUAACUGAUCAAGUGUAUCGAUGAAGAUGAAUGAAAUGGAUUUAAGCGUGGAUGGAUUUGGACAGAUGAAGCCACUCCAGUGUGGAUCUGAACAAAUCAUCACCUGACCAUCAUGAUAUAGUUACUCUGAAGAAGACAGAAGGCUUUUCUCUUUAUUUUAUUAUGGUUUCUUUUCUUGUUUUAGAGACGACGUUAUCAUUUAAUUAGUGGCAAUUAAUUGAAUUCCUCGAUUAGAUGAGGUUUUUAUCUUCAGCUUGAGUUUUCUGAUCAUGAUGCUUCACAAGGUUUGAGCAGCAUCUUCAGAUCUUCAGUGACAUGAGGCUGAUCCGCUCGAGCUCCUCCGAUCAUGGCCACAAACACUUCUCUGUACUUUCGCAUCGUCGAGGGACGAAAUCUGCCUGCAAAAGAUGUUUCUGGAACCAGUGAUCCGUACUGCAUCGUCAAAGUUGACAAUGAGGUCGUGGCCAGAACCGCGACCGUCUGGAAAAACUUGAAUCCAUUCUGGGGCGAAGAAUACACCCUUCAUCUGCCAACGGGCUUCCAUACGCUCACCUUUUAUGUCAUGGAUGAAGACACUAUUGGUCAUGAUGACGUCAUUGGUAAAAUCUCCCUGAGUAAAGACGUGAUCGCUGCUCAACCCAAAGGCUUGGAUAACUGGUUGAAUCUGAGCCGUGUGGAUCCAGACGAGGAGGUUCAGGGUGAGAUUCAUCUGGCUCUGGAGCUUCACAGAGACGCUCAGAGAACCUGUCUGCACUGCCACGUCAUCGAGGCUCGUGAUUUGGCUCCUCGUGAUAUUUCCGGUACCUCUGAUCCGUUCACCAGAAUCAUCUACAACAACCUCAGCGCUGAGACAUCGAUCAUAAAGAAGACGCGGUUCCCGCACUGGGAUGAGACUCUGGAGUUGUGUUUGGAUGAAGGUGGUGAUGAUGAGGGUGGAAGCGUCACAGUGGAGGUCUGGGACUGGGACAUGGUGGGCAAGAAUGACUUUCUGGGAAAGGUGGAAAUCCCUCUGUCCUGUCUGCACAGAUCGCCUCUGCUGCAGGGCUGGUUUCGUCUGAUGCCGCUGGGAAACACGGAGGACGAUGCAGGAGGUAAACUGGGUGCCUUGCGUCUGAAGGUGCGUUUGGCAGAGGAGCGAAUUCUCCCUUCUCUGUACUAUCAGCCUCUGAUCGAGCAGCUGGUGGAGGCCGUCAUCUCGCCAUCAGAGGUCGAUGAUCCCACGCCUCUGACCCUGCUGGAAGAGGUCACGACGGUGGAGAGUCGGCAGGACGUGGCCAUGACGCUCGUGAAGAUCUAUCUUGGUCAAGGCCUGGUUGUGCCAUUCCUGGACUACCUCAACACCAGAGAGGUCCACAACACCACAGAUCCAAACACACUCUUCCGGUCCAACUCACUGGCAUCUAAAGCUAUGGAGCAGUUCAUGAAGGCUGUCGGGAUGCUGUAUCUACAUGAGGUUCUGAAGCCCAUUAUCAACCGGAUCUUUGAGGAAAGGAAAUACAUCGAGUUGGAUCCCUGCAAGAUCGACCUCAACCGCUGCAGACGAAUAUCAUUUAAAGGCUCAGCGUCGGAAGCAGAGGUCAGAGAGAGCAGCGUCGGGCUGCUUCAGAUGUAUCUGACCAGCAUCAUGGAGGCCAUCGUGAACUCAGUUUCCCAGUGUCCUCCUGUGAUGAGGGUCGUGUUCAAACAGCUCCAUAAACGAGUAGAGGAACAGUUUCCAGAACCGGAGAAUGAGGAUGUGAAGUAUUUGGCCAUCAGUGGCUUUUUCUUCCUGCGUCUGUUCGCUCCUGCGAUUCUGACACCCAAACUCUUCCAGCUGAGAGACCAUCACGCCGACACGCGCACCAGCAGAACUCUACUGCUGCUCGCUAAGGCUCUUCAGAGCGUCGGGAAUCUGGGGCUGCAGUUGGGUCAUGGGAAGGAGCAGUGGAUGACCCCUCUGCAUCCCAUCAUCCUUUGCAGUGUGGCGUCCGUCAAAGAUUUUCUGGAUAAGCUUGUAGACAUCGAUCACGACAACGUGUGUGAGGCUCCGCAGCGCGCCGUGUUUUUGCCGUCGGUCAUCGUGAAGGAGGGUUUCCUGCAGAAACACAAAGCUGAAGGACCUCAGCUGCUCAAACGCUUCACUUUUAAGAAACGAUAUUUCUGGCUCAGUUCAGAGUCGCUGUCCUACGCCAAGAGCCCCGACUGGCAGGUUCGCUCCUCUAUUCUCAUCCAGCGUGUGCGUGCGGUGGAGCGAGUGGAUGAAAACGCCUUUCAGCUACAGAACGUCAUGCAGGUCAUUACACAGGACACGGAGGGACAACUACACACCACAUACCUGCAGUGCAAGAAUGUCAAUGAACUCAAUCAGUGGCUGUCGGCCAUCAGGAAGGUGAGUAUUUAUAACGAACACAUGCUGCCGUCGUUUCAUCCAGGAGCUCAUCGAGGAAACAAAUGGACCUGCUGCCUGCAGCCCGACCGCACAGCGUCGGGCUGCAGUCGGACUCAUUCUGCCGUGACGCUGGGCGACUGGAGCGACCCGUUAGAUCCUGACGCUGAAACACAGAUCGUUUAUAAAGAGCUGCUGCAGGGCCGAGACAAACUCAGGAAGCAGUACUUGGAGACACAGGAAAUGGAGACGGCUGAACAGGAAGAGAUGCCGCUGAAAGCCAGUCAGCCUUCAUCAGUGUCUGCGCAGGGCCGAUCUGAGCGCGCUCGUGCCGUGGCCGCUCGUCUGCUGGACGUGGUUCUGGAUUUAGAACGAGCGCAUUCGACCUUCCAGAGCCGAGAGCGAGACGAGAGCGGUGCGUUCAUCCUGACCUCACAGAGAACAUGAUGAACUCCACGCUUCAGCUCCAGCGCUCAAGAGUUUGUCAAAGAAGAACUCGCACAAACUGUACUAUCGAAUUAUGCAAUGUUUCUGAAUCAAACUCCAGUUAUUGAUGAAUGUCUGUGGAAACAUUUUUAUGUAUUUGUACCUUCAAGUGUUUUUAAUCUCGGUGAAUUUUUACUCAGACGUCCGACUGUAGCUUCUGAAAUCAGUCUCUGCUUGGCAUUACACUAAAUAACACACACACACACACAUACACUGACACACACUCACACUCACACACACACACACACACAGACGAACACUCUCACACAACACAAACACACACUCGCACACACACUCUUUCACAGACACACUCACAGACACAAAACACACAUACACUGACAAACACUAACACAAACACAACACACACUCAUACACGCACAAACAAACACUCUCACACACAGACACUCAUACACACACACACACAUUCACACACAACCCAAACACACUCUCACACACAAACAACUAACACACACAAACUAAUUCACUAAUCACAUAGAUACACACUCACUCACAAACACACACACAAUAAUUCACAAACAAACUCACACACACACACACGGACACACAAACACACAACACACAUACACUCUCACAUAGAUACACAUACUCAUAAACACACACACUAAUUCACAAACAAACACACUCAUGCAUACACACUCGCACACACACAGACACACACACAUUCACACACAAACACUCUCACACACACACUCACAGACACACAAACACAACACACUCUCACAAACACACACUCUCACAUAGAUACACACACUCACUCACAAACACACACACUAAUUCACAAACACACUCACGCACACACACUCACACUCUCUCACACACACUCACACUCUCUCACACACACACACUAAUUCACAAACAAACACACUCUCACACACACAACACAUACUUUCACAAACACACAUACACUCUCACAUAGAUACACACACUCACAAACACACGCACACUAAUUCACAAACAAACACACACACACACACUGGACACUUUUGUGCAAUUUGGUUUCUGGCUUUUCUUCCAUGCAGGUGAACUAGUUCUCGACCAAAUGAACUUGAUUAAUAUUGUAAUUGUAAUAUUUUUAUAUUUGCACACAAAGGAUCCAUAUAUCUUGUAAUGAACAUUUAUUGUUUUAUGUUUAAAGUGAAUUUAAACAUCCAGCCAUGUUCUAGAUUUGCCAUUGCUGUGGACACAACCAGGUUACACUGAAUCCAGGUUAGCGGUGUAAAACUGAAACGGGGGCAGCCAAUCAGACGCUUGACAUCCAGUUGCGCUCUCUGUCAUCCACUGCAAAAAAUCACUUUCUUGCUCAGUACUUGUGUCUUGUUUUCCAUCACAAAUAUCUAAACGUUCUUAAAUCAAGAUACAUUUACUGGAGAAGAGAAAUGACUGAAGAUAUUAAGACUUGUUUAAUGAUAAAUGUAUCAAAAAUUAAGUGAGUUUGUGCUUAAAACAAGAAAAAAAUAAAGUCAAAGAUUAUUUUUCAGACCCCAUGGAAAGAUAUUUGUUCUUGUUUUAAGCAACAUUUGAUAUAUUUUUCAGUAAACAAGUCUCAGUAUCUUCGGUCAUUUCUCUGCUCCAGUAAAUGUAUCUUGAUUUAAGAAUGUUUAGAUAUUUGUGCUGGAAAACGACAAAAAUACUGAGGAAGAACAUCAUUUUUUGCAGUUAGUUUUUGGUUUAGAUGUUUCUUGAUCAGUUCUCUGGGUGGUAGUUGGUUCGUUUAGGCCAAUUUUGGUGGUUUUAUUUAUUUGUCAAAAAAAAAAAAAAAUACGACCUGGUUUUCCGAAUAAUCUUGGCUUUUUAAAGAGGCUUUUCAUUGUGCCAAACAGUGUUUUUGGGUUGUGUGAGCAUGUGUGUGCAGGAAAACAGCUGAAAAUAGUUGAUUUAUUUUGUUUUUUGGCCAAAUAUAUAUUUAAAACAUUUGCGUUCUUGUGCAGUAAUUUGCUUUUGUUGGUUUAUUUUGGACGGAGAGCAUUUGCUGUUGACUAUAAAACCCGUUUACACAAAA